AGGUAAGAAGCCACGUACAAAGGCCCCCAAGAUCCAAAGGCUGAUCACUCCAGCAGUCUUGCAACGCAAGAGGCACCGUCUGGCUUUGAAGAAGAAGCGUUGCUUGAAACGUAAAGAACAAGCUGCGGAUUAUGCUAAAUUGUUGGCUCAACGCAAGAAGGAAUCCAAAGUCCGUCGCCAAGAGGAAUUGAAGCGCCGCCGUUCAGCCUCCAUGAGGGACUCUAAGAGCUCGGCUUCUAGCGCACCUCAGAAGUGAGAAAUGUGUAAUAUUUAAUAAAUAAAAAUGUAAAAACAC